UUUUGAAUAGAUGAAAAAAUCUCAUGCAUUAAGAGCAUAAGUUUUUAAAAAAUCUCAUGCAUUAAGAGCGUAAGAUUUUAUAACUCUCAAAUCAGUAAAUUAAUAAACUAGUAAUCAAACCUCAAAACACAAUUAUGUUGGCUGGCUUUAUGAGUAAAUUCCAAGCCCCUUUAAAUUGCUCAUGUUUCAUCGAAGCAUCCCCAUAGUGAAUGUGAAUUCUUUUUUCUUUUUUUCUUUUUUUUUUUCUCUCUAGUGGGAAGAGAGGAGUUCUUCAAUAGUUUUAGCCAUGGCAAAGAAACCAAGCAUGGGUCACCAAAAGAUCAAAAUUGCGAAAAUAGAGAUCAAAAAUCGCUUGCAAGUCACCUUCUCAAAACACCGAUCUGGGCUUUUCAAGAUGGCAAGCGAACUUUGCACGCUUUGCACCGUAGAGAUGGCUAUCAUAGUUUUCUCUCCGACUGGUAAAGUCUUUUCUUUUGGCCACCCUAACGUGGAUUCUAUCGUUGAUCAAUUCCUGACUCGAAACCCUCCACCUAACACCACCACACGCCGCCUUAUUGAGGCUCAUCGUAAUGCUAGCAUGCGCGAGCUCAACUUACAACUUACUCAAGUUCUCAAUGAAUUGGAAGUCAAGAAAAGACAUGGUGAAACCUUUGAUCACACGAGAAAAGCUAGUCAAAGACAAUAUUGGUGGGAAGCUCCAAUAGACAAGCUUGGCUUGCAUGAGCUUGAACAACUUAGGAAUUCAAUGAUUGAGCUCAAGAAGAACGUAACCAAUCAGGCAAACAAAAUUCAAGUCGAGGGCAACACAAAUCCUUUGCCAUUUUUCUUAGUAAAUGGCAGUGGAAUCGUUGAUCCCUUUGAGAGUAAAACAUCUCAUAUCAAUGCUUCUUCUUCAACCAGUCCUAAUGUCCAUAACUUUGGCUAUUAUGGUCAUGGAUUUUUUUAAGGUUUUCUUGUCCAUUUUCAUGUUGGUUCCAAGCUGGCUAGUACCUUACUAGCCUUAAAUGUCAAUACAUAAAUCUUUUUUCAGUUAUGUUUGUCCAUGGAUUGUGAUGAUAUCUUUUUUCAGUUACUAGCCUUAAAUGUUUUUCAUCUAA